CGUAAAUAAACAGAUCAUGUGAUCGUUUAGCUGACGCGCUAGCUUUAAACUAGCUUUAAACCAGUUAAACUUCUCUACUGUAAACAACAACAGGUCUAUUUGGGUGUAAAUACAGGUGAAGAAUACACCAGUCAUGGCGUCUGUGGGUCUUCUGUGUGUCUGUGCUGUCAUCUCUGCUGCUUCCUGUGUGACAACAAUAGGAACUCAACCUGAGCAGGUGCACAUCUCGUAUCCAGGUGUAAUACACUCUAUGGUGGUCACAUGGUCGACCUUUAACGACACAGACAGUGUUGUUGAAUACAGUGUGUGGGGUGAAAAGCUCUUCAGUCACACAGUAAAGGGAAACUCUUCUGUAUUCACUGAUGGAGGUCCAGAGAAUCGGACGAUGUUCAUUCACCGCGUCACACUGACUGACCUGAAACCUGCCGCUGUAUACGUGUAUCACUGUGGCAGUGAGGCCGGUUGGAGUGACGUCUUUUAUUUCACAUCUCUGAAUGAGAGUUCGACCUUCAGUCCCAGAUUCGCUCUGUUUGGUGACAUGGGGAACGAAAACGCACAAUCACUGAGUCGACUGCAGAAAGAGACUCAGAUCGGCAUGUAUGACAUCAUUCUGCACAUUGGUGAUUUUGCAUAUGAUAUGCAUGAGGACAAUGGCAAGAUCGGUGAUGAGUUCAUGAGACAGAUUCAGUCCAUCGCUGCUUACACACCGUAUAUGACGUGUCCAGGGAACCAUGAGAGGGCUUACAACUUCUCGCACUACAGGAACCGCUUCAGUAUGCCGGGACACACGGAGAACCUCUGGUACAGCUGGAAUGUCGGUCCCGCUCAUUUCAUCUCGUUCUCAACGGAAGUGUAUUUCUAUCUGGAAUACGGCCUGGAUUUGCUCUUCAGACAGUUCGAGUGGCUCCAAAAAGAUCUUGAGGAAGCCAACAGGCCCGAGAACAGAGCGUUGCGCCCGUGGAUCAUCACGAUGGCACACAGACCCAUGUACUGUUCCGACGAUGAUGACGAUGACUGCACACACUUUCAGAGCUAUGUGCGAUUUGGACGCAAUGACACACAGCCGGCGGCUCCUGGCCUGGAGAAUUUAUUCUACCAAUACGGAGUGGAUCUGGAGCUGUGGGCUCAUGAACACACAUAUGAGAGACUCUGGCCCGUGUACGAUUAUCAGGUGUUUAAUGGAAGUUUUUGGGAGCCGUAUGUGAAUCCUAAAGCACCGGUUCAUAUCAUCACAGGCUCAGCUGGGUGCAGAGAGAAACAUGACGGUUUCAUCCCCAAACCUCGAGACUGGAGCGCUUUCAGAAGCACCGAUUACGGCUACACACGCAUGCAUGUGAUGAACCGCACACACCUGUACCUGGAGCAGGUGUCUGAUGACCAGUACGGUAAAGUGAUCGAUCAGAUCACACUGGUGAAGGAGGUUCAUGGAGCGGACGCCUGGCGGUGAAGAUCAAUCAAACAAAUGAACCGUGUUCGGAAGGAUCAGACCUCAGUCUCCUCUCUAAAGAUCUGACGGGAGCGCGUGUGUUUUGAGUGGGACAUGAAGUCGAUUCUUUAAAUCCCUCCAGACAGAUUUACACUGUUGGCUUCUGUAUCAGCUCUGAUCCAACUCUUAAUCACAGGGGCAAGAUUAAGUUCUUCAAGGUUGUUAAUGUUUCAUCAAGAAAGAAUCUUUAUAUGGGUCUUCAUCUAUUUGAACUGAAUGAAAAUCCAUGUAUUAAAAUUAAAUAUGAUUUUAUUAAACUUUACAUUUCAGUACUAUACACAAUCUACUUGAUUUUUAUGACAAUGUGUGUGUGUUUGACACUGCCAGCUACUGAAGCACUGUUGUAUGAUUCCCGAACAAAUGACUCAUAUGAGUCGGUUCUUUUGAAUCUACAGAGUGACCAGUGUAGACCGAUUCCCAAACAAAUGACUCAUAUGAGUCGGUUCUUUUGAAUCUACAGAGUGACAAGUGUAGUCCGAUUCCCAAACAAAUGACUCAUAUGAGUCGGUUCUUUUGAAUCUACAGAGUGACAAGUGUAGUCCGAUUCCCAAACAAAUGACUCAUAUGAGUCGGUUCUUUUGAAUCUACAGAGUGACCAGUGUAGUCCGAUUCCCAAACAAAUGACUCAUAUGAGUCGGUUCUUUUGAAUCUACAGAGUGACAAGUGUAGUCCGAUUCCCAAACAAAUGACUCUUAUGAGUCGGUUCUUUUGAAUCUACAGAGUGACAAGUGUAGUCCGAUUCCCAAACAAAUGACUCAUAUGAGUCGGUUCUUUUGAAUCUACAGAGUGACCAGUGUAGUCCGAUUCCCAAACAAAUGACUCAUAUGAGUCAGUUCUUUUGAAUCUACAGAGUGACCAGUGUAGUCCGAUUCCCAAACAAAUGACUCUUAUGAGUCGUUUCUUUUGAAUCUACAGAGUGACCAGUGUAGACCGAUUCCCAAACAAAUGACUCAUAUGAGUCGGUUCUUUUGAAUCUACAGAGUGACCAGUGUAGUCCGAUUCCCAAACAAAUGACUCAUAUGAGUCGGUUCUUUUGAAUCUACAGAGUGACCAGUGUAGUCCGAUUCCCAAACAAAUGACUCUUAUGAGUCGGUUCUUUUGAAUCUACAGAGUGACCAGUGUAGUCCGAUUCCCAAACAAAUGACUCAUAUGAGUCGGUUCUUUUGAAUCUACAGAGUGACCAGUGUAGUCCGAUUCCCAAACAAAUGACUCAUAUGAGUCGGUUCUUUUGAAUCUACAGAGUGACCAGGGUAGUCCGAUUCCCAAACAAAUGACUCUUAUGAGUCGGUUCUUUUGAAUCUACAGAGUGACAAGUGUAGUCCGAUUCCCAAACAAAUGACUCAUAUGAGUCGGUUCUUUUGAAUCUACAGAGUGACCAGUGUAGACCGAUUCCCAAACAAAUGACUCAUAUGAGUCGGUUCUUUUGAAUCUACAGAGUGACAAGUGUAGUCCGAUUCCCAAACAAAUGACUCAUAUGAGUCGGUUCUUUUGAAUCUACAGAGUGACCAGUGUAGUCCGAUUCCCAAACAAAUGACUCAUAUGAGUCGGUUCUUUUGAAUCUACAGAGUGACCAGUGUAGUCCGAUUCCCAAACAAAUGACUCAUAUGAGUCGGUUCUUUUGAAUCUACAGAGUGACCAGUGUAGACCGAUUCCCAAACAAAUGACUCAUAUGAGUCGGUCCUUUUGAAUCUACAGAGUGACCAGUGUAGUCCGAUUCCCAAACAAAUGACUCAUAUGAGUCGGUUCUUUUGAAUCUACAGAGUGACCAGUGUAGUCCGAUUCCCAAACAAAUGACUCUUAUGAGUCGGUUCUUUUGAAUCUACAGAGUGACCAGUGUAGUCCGAUUCCCAAACAAAUGACUCUUAUGAGUCGGUUCUUUUGAAUCUACAGAGUGACCAGUGUAGUCCGAUUCCCAAACAAAUGACUCAUAUGAGUCGGUUCUUUUGAAUCUACAGAGUGACCAGUGUAGUCUGAUUCCCAAACAAAUGACUCUUAUGAGUCGGUUCUUUUGAAUUUAUGCCUCUAAAAAUGUCUGCGUAAAAACACCUUUAACAAGAACUGUAUUAAAUAUAUCUCUGAUUUAUUUGUUCUUCUCAGUCUCAUAAUUUGUGUCGUUAGCUUUAGCAACAUGCUAACAUCAGACGCUAUUAGCAUAAAACAAAGGCAGUCUGAGUAAACACAAAAUACAGUUUUUAAAUGAUAAUGUUAUUUAUUUAAGCAAAAAGGUUAUCCAAUACCAACUGGGCAUGUGUGAAAAAGUAUUUGCCCCCUUAUUUACUAUAUCUUCAAAUAUAUGAAACGAUGGGGUUCAGCUGGACUAUACACACCCAGACCUGAUCAAUCAAAUCAACACCUAAAUACAACUUUUCAGCAGCAUGAUGUUGGCUAAAAGGUGUCGCCCAGUAGCACACUAUGCCAUGAUUGUAAUACAUCAGUCUGGGAAGGGUUACAAACUAUUUCAGACUCUGGGACUCCAAAGAACCCCAGUGAGAGCCGUUAUCUCCUAAUGGAGAGCACUUGACACAGUAGUGAACCCUCCCAGAAGUGGCCGUCCUGCCAAACGUCCUCCAACAGCUCGUCUGAAUGUUGCCAAAACACACCUUGAUGAUCCUCAAAGCGUUUCAGAGAAUGUUCUGUGGACAGAUGAGUCGUAAGGGGUCCCGUUACAUCUGCUCCACCGAAACAGCAUCACACCUACGCUCAAGCAUGGAGGCGGUACCCAGAGGAACAUUAAGGGUGUGGGGAUGCUUUACUGCUUCAGGGCGAUGUGCAAUAAUUGAGGGAAACGUCCCGUCAUCAGUCCAUGAGUUGAAGCUGAAGCACAGCUGGAUCAUGCAGCAUCACAAUGAUCCAAAGCACAGCUAAAUUAAAGUUUUGGAGCGGCCUCUAGUCAAAGUCCUGACUUGAGCCCGAUUCAGAUGCUGAGACAGGACCUGAAACGGCCAUUAAACUCUCCGGGACAACAUUCCCCCACAGCAAGACUGAUCUCCAGAUAUCGGACGCGUUUGAUGCAGUUGUUGCUGCUAAAGGCGGCACAGCUAGCUGUUAAGUUCAAGGGGGCAGUUAGUUUUUCACAUGGGUGAUAAAGGUGAUGGACAGCUUUCUUGCUUCAAUAUAUAAAUAUAAUAUAAUAUAAUAUAUAUGAAACAGUAUUUUGAGUUCGCUCAGGUGGCUUUUAUAUCUCGUUUGAAAAUCUGAAACAAUUCAGUAUGAACAAUAGAAGACAUCAGGAGGGGGCAAAUACUUUUUCACACCCCUGUGUAAUCUUAGAGGUUGUUGGUUGGUUGUGAUGGUUUCGUCAUGAGGUCAUUAAUGAGAUUAUAGAGAUUCAGAUGAACUCAUGAAGUAUUUCAGGUGUCGUGUUUCUAACCAUCAGGGCUGGGAGGAUUACUUUUGAAAAUUUAUUCCAGUACAGAUUACAGAGUACAUACUGUGAAAUGUAAAUUGUAAUGCAUUCCGUUAGAUUACUCAAGGUCAGUAAUGUAAUCUAAAUACUUUGGAUUACUUCUUCAGCACUGGUGGAUUUUUUCACUUGUUUUGACUAUAAAAUCUCUACACACAACAGGUGUCAUUGAAAGAUUAGAAUCUCGACUUUCCAGUGCAUGUGACAUUAUGACCAAAACUGAACAAGUGC